AUGGCCGAGUCGGAGAGCAAGUGCCCCGUCCACCAACUCAACAAUGUCGGCGGCGGCGGCACCCGCAACCGUGACUGGUGGCCCAAUGCUCUGAAGCUCAACAUCCUCCGUCAGCACACAGAUGUCACGAACCCCCUCGGCAGCGAUUUUGACUAUGCUGCUGCCUUCAACAGCCUCGACUACAAUGCCGUCAAGAAGGAUCUCAAGGACCUCAUGACCGACUCUCAGGACUGGUGGCCCGCCGACUUUGGUCACUACGGAGGUCUCUUCGUUCGCAUGGCGUGGCACAGCGCCGGUACCUACCGCGUCUUCGACGGCCGCGGUGGUGGUGGCCAGGGCCAGCAGCGUUUUGCUCCCCUCAACAGCUGGCCCGACAACGUCUCGCUCGACAAGGCUCGUCGCCUGUUGUGGCCCAUCAAGCAGAAGUACGGCAACAAGAUCUCUUGGGCUGAUCUGCUGCUUCUCACCGGCAAUGUCGCCCUUGAGUCGAUGGACUUCAAGACAUUCGGCUUCGCUGGUGGCCGUGCCGACGUCUGGGAGGCCGACGAGUCGGUCUACUGGGGUGGCGAGACCACUUGGCUUGGCAACGACGUCCGCUACUCUGGUGGCAACAAGGGCGACAAGGGUCCGGGCAGCCUCGUCACCGACGAGGGCCAUGACAAGGGCACCCACACCCGUGACUUGCAGAAGCCUCUCGGUGCUGCCCACAUGGGUCUGAUCUACGUCAACCCCGAGGGCCCCGAUGGUAACCCCGACCCUGUUGCGGCUGCCCACGACAUCCGCACCACCUUCGGCCGCAUGGCCAUGAACGACGAGGAGACCGUCGCUCUCAUUGCUGGUGGUCACUCCUUCGGCAAGACCCACGGCGCCGGCCCCAACGACAAGAUUGGUGCCGAGCCCGAAGGUGCCUCUCUUGAGGCUCAGGGUUUCGGCUGGCAGAACGGAUACAAGUCUGGCAAGGGUCCCGACACCAUCACCAGCGGUCUCGAGGUCACCUGGACCGCGACCCCGACCAAGUGGAGCAACAAGUACUUCGAGUACCUCUUUAAGUACGAGUGGGAGCUCACCAAGAGCCCUGCUGGCGCCAACCAGUGGGUGGCCAAGACGGAUGACGAGAUCAUUCCCGAUGCCUACGACUCGUCCAAGAAGCACCGCCCUACCAUGCUCACCACCGAUCUGUCCAUGCGCUUCGAUCCCGAGUACGAGAAGAUCUCUCGCCGUUUCCUCGAGAACCCAGACCAGUUUGCCGAUGCUUUCGCUCGCGCCUGGUUCAAGCUCCUUCACCGUGACCUUGGCCCCAAGGCUCGCUACCUCGGCCCUGAAAUCCCUGCCGAAGACCUCCUGUGGCAGGACCCCAUCCCCGCUGUUGACCACCCUCUGAUCGACGAGAGCGAUAUUGCGGCUCUCAAGAAGGAGAUCCUCUCCUCCGGACCUGAGCCCUCGCAGUUCAUCUCCGUUGCCUGGGGAGCUUCUUCUUCCUUCCGCGGCAGCGACAAGCGCGGUGGUGCCAACGGCGCUCGUAUCCGCCUCGCCCCUCAGAAGGACUGGGAGGUCAACAACCCCGCCCAGCUGGCCAAGGUUCUGCAGGCCCUUGAGGGUGUGCAGAAGAGCUUCAAUGACGCUCAGCAGGGUGGAAAGAAGGUCUCUCUCGCCGACUUGAUCGUCCUGGCCGGUAACGCCGCUGUUGAGAAGGCCGCCUCGGCCGCCGGCCACAGCGUCACCGUCCCCUUCACUCCUGGCCGUGGCGACGCCACGCAGGAGCAGACCGACAUUGAGUCCGUCAGCCACCUCGAGCCCUUUGCCGACGGCUUCCGCAACUACGGCCACUCGACCGACCGCGUCAAGACUGAGCAGUUCCUUGUUGACCGUGCUCACCUCCUGACGCUGUCGGCGCCUGAGCUGACCGCCCUUGUUGGUGGCCUCCGCGUUCUGAACACCAACUACGACGGAUCCCAGCAUGGCGUCCUGACCAAGCGCCCCGGCCAGCUGUCCAACGACUUCUUUGUCAAUCUGCUCGACAUGAGCACGGCAUGGAAGGCUACCGGCAGCGACGACGAGCUUUUCGAGGGUAGCGACCGCAAGACUGGCGACAAGAGGUGGACUGCCACGCGUGCGGAUCUCGUUUUCGGAUCCCACGCCGAGCUGCGCGCCCUUGCCGAAGUGUACGGCAGCGCCGACGGCGAGAAGAAGUUUGUCAACGACUUUGUCGCGGCAUGGACCAAGGUCUCGAACCUCGACCGCUUCGAUGUCAAGAAGGCGCCUGCCGUCAAGACGUCGAGCCGCCUGUAA